CUGCGACUGUAAGGAGAGACGAAGAAGAAAAGUACUUCCGGGUUCAGGUGGAUGUUUUGCUUCUGAUCGAUCGACCUCCGUCGGUUCGAGUCCUCCAUUCUGUCAUCGAUACACUCGCUUUCACCCCGGAUCUCUGCAAUCACACCAGCUCCCCGAUGGCCUCCAGGCGGCCGGAUACUUUCGACGGGUUUGGAUACCGAGCCCGCGACGAUCCGCUGUACGGAACCGGAUACUCGGUCCGGAGCUCCGGAGGCCCGUCCGAUCCGCAGCUCCACCACUGGGUCACUACGCCACCGGACAUCCCGGGCAGCCGCAACUUGCACCCGGGAGAGCGUACCCCGCUGGAGGACGAGCUCCCAGCCGGCCAUGGAGGUCCCGGAGCCGGCUGGGAGGGCCCGGGAUCGGCGGUGCCAUCCGCCGAUCAGCUGAACCGGUUCGCCGGGUUCGGAAUCGGUCUCGUCAGUCUCUUCACAGAGAAUGUGCUGGCCCACCCGUGCAUCGUGUUCCGUAGACAGUGCCAGGUGAACUACCACGCCCGCUGUUACCACCUGACUCCAUUCAGCAUCGUCUCUGUCAUGUCAGCCAUCACCAAAGCUCAGGGUGUGAAGGCGCUGUGGAAGGGGAUGGGUGGCACUUUCAUCGUUCACGGCAUCACACUCGGCGCCGAGGGCAUCAUCAGCGAGGUGACAUCGUUACCACGGGAGCUCCCUCACAACUGGGGCUGGAAACAGCUGGCAGGACAUUUACUGCUCAAAGGAUUAACAGCUGUUGUAGCUCUUCCAUUUUACUGUUCGAGCCUCAUCGAGACCGUCCAGAGUGAAAUUGUGCGGGACGAGUCGUCCUCCGGUCUGCUGGACUGCCUCCGUGAGGGUUUGGCUCGGCUCCUCGGUGUCGGAGCGCCACACAGCCAUCGCCUACUUCCUCUCAGCCGGUUGCUGUUCCCCGCCGCUCUGCACGCUGUGCUGCGCUACACCAUCUCCACCUCCAUUCAGCGAGCAAUGAUGUGGCUCCACCAGCGGACCAAGAGCCAGCAGUUGGACCCUCCUGAUCCGCUAGACGCCUACUUUCCUGAGUUGGCUGCAGGGUGGGCAGGGUCUCUGGUGGCUGACGUGGUACUGUUUCCUCUGGAAACAGCACUUCACCGUCUCAGCCUUCAGGGGACUCGCACUAUUAUUGAUGCCACAGACGGCAUACUCGCCACAGGAGGUGGCAACAGCCCCAUGGUUCUGCCCGUCAACACGCAGUACGAUGGAUUGUCUGACUGCCUGAGUGCCAUCCGCCGUAAGGAGGGAGGGGCCGGCUUCUACCGGGGCUUUGGAGCGCUGGUGAUGCAGUACGCUCUGCAUGGAGUUCUGCUGGCUGCUGCCAGAUCUCUGCUCAGGGUGCUACUGGUAGAGGCUAAGGCAGGCUAGGGCAUCGCCAUGGAGACGCAGCUGAGGCGGACUGCUGCCGUGUCAACAGGACUUCUCAGACCGUGAUUGGUUGUUAAUCGCCUGACUUCCUUUUCAAACGUCCCCCAUAAUGACAUCAAGGCCACACCCACCUUUCUUUACAACGCUAUGACCUUUUAAGGCUGGCUAUAUGUUGCCAUGGAAACGGUUUGGAUCUGAGCAGCUGAUUGGUUCCUCGCAGCAGUAAAAAAAAGUCUUGUUUAUAAAAGUGUAAAAAGUAAAACGUUCUUAGCUGAAUUUAGAUUAAAUUAUUUGUGAAAUUAGUCAAAUGAUCUGAAAUCAAUAAAAACAGGUGUUUAACCAGAAAA